AUGUCGCUUAUUGUGGCAGAUGUCCCCUGCGGUCAGGGUGCAACCGGGAUACGUACCGCCCGAGUGGUCGGAGGCCAGGACGCUAACCCCCGCGAAUUUCCUUGGCUGGUGAGCAUCACGAGGAAAGGAGGACACUGGUGUGGUGGCACCAUUCUCAACUCGAAAUUCAUUCUCACUGCUGCACAUUGCUUUUGCUCCGGAGCCGAGAAAAUAAAUUUCAACCAAUUUAAAGUGACCCUAGGAGAACAUGAUCUGAAAAAUCCGGAGUUUCCAGCAGCAAAAGUAGAAACUAUUACUAAAGGAACAAUACACCCUGAAUUUAAGUGCAGAUUUUACAUUAACGACAUAGCUCUUCUACAAACUACUAAUUCUAUGUCCUGGUCUGAAAGCGUACAGCCAGCUUGUUUACCACCAGAAGCAGGUAAAGCUGGAUAUAGCAUCUUCAAUGGAGAUGAUGCUGUAGCUGCUGGAUGGGGCUGGCUUGGUGAAGACAAAUCCAAGGACAAAAGAGCGGACGUGCUACAAAAAGUUGAUGUUCGCGUUUUGGAGAACAGUGUAUGCAAUGAGUGGUAUGCCAGUCAAGAGAAAAAAAUUCGUGUGGUAUCGGGACAACUGUGUGCCGGCCAUGAAGAAGGUGGACGUGACUCUUGUUCCGCUGAUAGUGGCGGUCCCUUGAUGGUCGGAAGUCAUCCCGGCAGUAUGAUGGUCGUUGGGGUGGUCUCUUCGGGAAUUGGAUGUGCCAGACCUCGACUUCCGGGUAUAUAUACUCGAGUCUCAGAAUAUAUUCCUUGGAUCGUGCAACAGGCUCUUUCAUAA